GGCAGACUCCCCCCCUCCAUCACCCUGGAGUCCCCUCCCACAAGUCAUCCUGGCUUUGCAGGCUCUGCUUGCAAGAGGCUGCCACCCAAACUCCCCCCAGGAGCAGCUGCCUUAUCCGCUCUGUUGAAGGCUUAGCAAAGAUGAAGACUUUCCUCUUUGCCCUGCUGGCUGCGGUCCUGUGUGUGGAGCCAGCUCACUUGCUGGUUUGCUUCUCCUGCAAAGAUGCGUCCUCCAACUGGGCUUGUCUGACGCCGGUGACAUGCAGUGAAGGGGAAGAUCACUGCGUGACAACUUAUUUCAGCACAAGUGUCGGCAGCCAUUCUGGGCAGACCAUCUCCAAGGGCUGUGCAUCCAUCUGCCCAAACGCUGGGAUUAAUAUCGGGCUUGCGGCGGCCUCUGUGACGUGCUGCGAUUCCUUCCUGUGCAACAUCAGUGGGGCCAGCAGCGUGAAAGCCAGUUACACGGUGAUGGCCAUGGGCAUCCUGGCCAGCAUCAUCUGUAUCCUCCGGGUCGGCGCGUAAUGGGGCCUGGGAAAAAAGGACUUGCUGCCCUGAAGAGCCCAAGCUCCCCCAGUGAGGCAUCAGCCACCCACUUUGUGCAAAGCUCUCUCAGGCUGUGACCACCUAUGGUGCCCUUUCUUCUAAGUACAAUCCCAGACCCAAUAUAGCCAAUAUUUCCUCUCUCACUGCCCGCCUUGGUGACUGGGUGCCCCACUUCGCGGCUCAGCAGAUCUAGAAAGUUGCCUCAUCUAAUUCUGGUACUCGAGAUUUGGGAAGCUCAGAUGGAUAAAGGCCUCCCCACCCCCCACAGACAAACCCAAUUGCACCUACCAGGAAAUGGUGGAGGAUGCUGUGGUGGGGUUUUUAACCCAUCUUCCCAGGUGAUAGGGCUCGUUUAACUGUAGUUGGACUCGCAGGGAAAACGUUUACUGGGUACCUUCCCACGCGGGGUGCCGCCGCGGCGGAGAUAUUUCCAUGCGAUGGAUCUGUACAAAUGCCAAAUACCAGGAACGCAUGAUUGCCAUGCAAGCCCAGCCCCCGCCUCCCCGCCCCUCUCUUCUCCUCUCCCCGGGCAGCUGGAUUCUGCUGUUUUCUAAAUCGUUUCCUCUAACCCUUGGCUAACGUUUCUUCUAUAGACAACGGAUGAGCCGCAUCAUGCCCCACUGCACCCAUGUGGGCACUAGGCCUGAAUAAACCCCUUUCCUGUUGUUGUCUGACCCUGGAUGCAUCGCGUAUUUGUUUCUGUGCUGAAACGAGGGGGUAAGAAGAGCAUCGGCGCUGUGUCUUGGGCCCUAGACUUCUGCUCUGUAUUUGUCCCAUCACCCAUAACACCUACUUUCCAUGCCCCAUCACCCUAAUGCACCCACUCUCCACGCCAUCCUUCACCUUUGUGCCCAGCUCUGGUUUCUCUGCGUUGCCUCAUUCGCUGCUCCCUGUCCUUUCCCUCCACGAAGGCCCUGUCAGAUAUGAUGCACGACAAACUCGACCCAUUACAAAGCACGAGUGUAAGUCAAAGGCUAGGCUUCAAUAGGGGGACGAAGCCACUGAGGGAUUACCCUGUGCAUUGCAACGCCUCAAAGGGUUGGAUGCCUCAGUUUUUCCUCUGCAGAAAAGGCGAUAAAGGCUGAGCGGAUUCCAGGCCCAAAGUUUCAUAGUUGUUAGAGGCUGGAAGGGACCUUACAGAUCAUUGGGUCCAGGCCUCUGGAGGUAACAAAAGCUCAAACCAGCCUGUGCACAUAGAUGGGCACCCACCAGACUGUCUGUGUUAGGAAUAUGGGGGUCCUUAAAUGGAAGAAGUGGGAUUGAGGUUGGAAGCUCCUUUCCCCUCCUGGCAGAUGCCCCCACUCCUGCCAAGAUCAGCUAUAACACGUGGGUAGCUUCUUCCUCCUGGCCCUGCCAACUCUCUUGACCACAUUGGAUCCUACUAAACCCCCAGGCAUCUCCCUCCUGGGAUGUGUAUAAGACCCUGGAUAGACAAAGCCUUGGCAGGGAUGGUGUGAUUGGGGCUGGUCCCGCUUGGAGCAGAGGGUUGGACUAGAUGUCCGAUGACUGGGAAACUUGUGUUCAUAAAAAUUAUACUACAAAAUAUCACCGACAAAUUCACAGAACAAGGCAAGAUAAGUUUGCGGUUAGGAUUUUCAGAAAAAAACUCAUGAAGUGUCGCUUGCAGCUUAUCUUAGUACACCUCUGGUGAUUUUAAACAGGCUCCCACGUGUCUGGUAUUUGACUGUGUUAAAUGUCUAUCCUUGAUUAAUGACUAUGGUAAAUAUACUUCGUUAUAAUUAACUCACAUUUAUGUGCAGGAAGGGACAUUUUUCAUACGGGGCUUGAUAGUUGUCUCCUGAUUUACUUUUGUUUUUCCUCUGUGGUUCCCUUGAUCUUCCAAGGGCAAGUCUUGAAAAACACUGUGUGUUUCUUCCGGUCGUUAACUCAUUUCCUGACAUGUUCCAGCUUAGCAGGGUUUGAUAACCUCUUGUUACUGAGUAAGGUCACUCCCUCAAAAUUGGGCCUUUCCAAUAAUGAAUAACGAACGGUUGAAAACAGGACCUUCCUGUUCAUUAUUGCAUGAUUGGUAUUUUUUCACUCAUCUACCAAAAAUGCUUUGAAAACGCGGAGCUAUAGGGUAUUAAGAGGAAUGAAGUGGCUAUCAGGAGUGAGAUAUCAUUCAAGGCAAGACUUACAUGUCCAGCUGAUCUUCCAGCGACGGAUCCAUGCCUUGAAAAGCUGAAAAGAGUGAAAGCACCUCAUUGCCUGUAUUGCUAUUGCUUUUACAGAUAAACAUACUGGACUUUUGCUUUAGGCUCCUUUAAUAGUAAAUAGUCCUAAGUAAAUAAAGCUUUUUUGUCAUUUA